AUGUCGCAGGAGUCAUUUUCUUCGGAAUCUGUAAAGCAGGUAGCGGCUGUGACAGUUGUCGAACCGUCGUCAAAGAAACGGUAUGAGGGAGGGUCCGGUACAUUCGCCGCUGGGGGAUCUCUGGACCUAUAUGAGCCGAUCGCUCAGUACGAGGGCAAACAUAGAUAUGAUCCAGAGGCUAGCUGGACAGAAGCAGAAGAGAAGAAACUGGUUCGAAAGCUUGAUUACAAGAUCUGUUCUUGGGUCUGCCUUAUGUUUUUCGCGUUGCAGCUCGACCGCGGUAAUAUUUCGCAGGCUCUAAGCGAUAACAUGCUAAACGACCUUGGUUUGUCGACGAAUCAGUACAACUACGGAAUGACAAUCUUUUAUCUGUGUUUCCUAUGCGCAGAGGUUCCUUCACAAAUGAUUUCAAAACGGUUAGGGCCAGACAGAUGGAUUCCCAUUCAAAUGGUCAUUUGGAGCGUGAUCGGGAUAUGCCAGGGCCUGGUCGUUGGACAGAAAAGCUUUUAUGCCGUCCGUGCACUAUUGGGGUUGGUAGAAGGAGGAUUCAUUCCUGAUGCCUUGCUCUACUUAUCGUACUUCUACACCAACAAGGAGCUGCCGAUGCGCGUGAGCUUCUUCUACUGUGCGUCAAACGGUACUUUUAUAGUUGCGGCCUUUCUGGCUUUUGGUAUUCUUCACAUGCGCGACAUUGGAGGCUGGGAAGGAUGGAGAUGGCUUUUUGUACUUGAAGGUGCCUUGACUGCCAUCGUGGGUGUUCUAUCCUGGUUUUAUUUGCCCCCAAGCCCGACUCAAACCGCCAGCUGGUUCCGAGGCAAGGACGGUUGGUUCACAGAGAGAGAGGAAACUAUCAUGGUGAAUCGAGUUUUACGGGAUGAUCCUGCAAAGGGCGGUAUGCAUAACCGACAAGGCCUGACUCUGAAACUACUAUGGGACUCCCUUAUGGACUAUGACCUUUGGCCUCUCUACGUAAUCAGUCUCACCCUUCUCAUUCCGACGCAACCCGUGACCGCGUACCUCACCUUGAACCUUAAGGCACUUGGAUUUGACACAUUUGAGACCAAUCUCUUAACCAUUCCCGCAUACGUUUUGUUCUUGAUCCAACUCGUCUUUUGGGUUUGGGUUUCUGAAAAGAUCAACAACCGACAGGCAAUAGUCCUGUUUUAUUCGUUCUGGUGUCUUGUGCUCCUCCUUGCACUAGAGCUAUUGCCAUCCACGGCUGGUCCCUGGGCAUGGUAUGCAGUCACAAUGCUCAUAGUCGGUUAUCCAUAUAUACAUGCUAUAAACGUUAGCUUGACAUCACGGAAUGCUGGUUCAGUGCGAACACGAACCGUGGGCAGCGCCAUGUAUAAUAUGAUCUGCCAGGCAAGCACUAUCAUUGGUUCUAAUAUCUACCGAGACGACGACAAACCCUAUUAUAGAAGAGGCAACAAGGUAUUGCUGGCGCUUGUGGGAUGGAAUAUUGUCAUGACGAUCUUCGUAAAACUUUACUACGUGCGACGUAACAAGACACGCGAGGAGAUAUGGAAUACCAUGAGCCUAGAAGAGAAAGAUCAUUAUCUGAGGACCACCAAGGACCAAGGAAACAAGAGGUUAGACUUUCGCUUUGCGCACUAA